CUUGUUGAAGCAGCUAAUCGGCUAAGUCUGGCGCCUAUCUCAGGCAACCGCAAGCGUACGCGCUCCAUACCAUAUAUUUACUCCAUCUCUCGGCUGUUUCUCUACGGCAGGCGUUACACUUAUCCUCUUCAGCCAUUCAAGCUUCAAUAUAUAUGCGGGUCAAUCCGCAGUGAACAAUGUUCCGUUUCGAACCGGUUCGGGGUUGAGUAUGAUGCCUGCUUGGAUUUAGUGCGCGCAGCAUCCGAACCAUGCUUUUGAAGUCCUCUACUUGAGGGCAAUCAUCUAUGCUUUUUGUUACUUGGGCUUAGCAGGUUCAAGUGUACUAUUUUUGCUUCUCUUCAAUAAUCCUGCUGGUUUAUUAGGUUUUGUCCUUGCCCAUUCUGUUAUUAAUCACAAUUGCUAUGACGCGAAGAAGUGCCAUCAAGCGGACUUAUACACCUGAGAAUGGCCAUACCCUGGAAGCAAAUGCUGGAACGCAUUCUCCCGACAGUGAAGGAGAAGAAUUCAUCGACGUCGAAACUGUUGGAUCUGGUCAGGUUCGAGUUACACACCACAAUGUAGCGCCUACAACGUCACUUGCCUCACGAGAAACGACUAUUCCUCGAAGAGUAUCAUCACGUCAGGUUUCUUCGAAAUUUCGGACGUUACUUGCAUCAGUUCCAGUGAGAUCAACGCCAAAGAUAACGCUUGUAGGUCGAGGUAGGCCGGAAAGCGCAAAUCGAAUCGCUAUGAAGCGGCCAAAUGAACAGUGCGAACAGACUCCAGACGAUCGCUUGACGACGCCCCCAAAACGCGCACCUAUACUUGCAAACGAAGGAAUUGGAACUUAUGCCAUACCGAAGCUACCUCUCGAAGAAAUGACGAUGUCGACAAGGGUAUCGAAAAUUCACGGUGAUUUGGAAGAUGAGGUUGAACCGCGCUCUGAGUUAUCGACAGACAAAGAGAGCAAGUCAGUCACUCCUAUAAGCGCGGAGCCGUCAUCUUCCUCUGAUGAUGUGCCAGCAGCUAUCCCACAUGAGAAGUCUGAUUCUUCCUCUCUUCUUACCUGUGCGCAACCACAUUGUUUUUUGACAUUCAACUGCUUGGAUGACUUAAUUUCUCAUCUAGUUGAAUUUCAUUGUCAGCAACAGUUCAGACCGCGAAGGAUGACCUUCGUCAGCGUGGAGAAAUACGAAGUUUGGAAGACAGCGCAUGAAAAGGCACAGGAUGCUAAAAUGAUUGUUGGUAAUAGGGAAGACUGUGAUGGUACUGUCAGGUUCCAUUGUUGUUGUGAGUACUGCCACCCACUAAGGCAACAGCUGGAUGAAUUAGAACGCCAAGAGAAUGGGAAAUCUUUUCGCGUGAAAUCAACAUGUCCAGCGCAUUACGUUCUUUCGCUCAAUUACGAGAAAAACACUGCAACCAUUUUUGGAUGUUUGGCUCAUAUCGGUCAUCCGAAAAAGCCUAAAACAACGAGUGCUGCCGAUUUGCCGCAGAAGUUGUUAAAAACAGCUCAGGCAAAAUGUAAAUAUUGUGGUAAAUGGUGCGUUUCGAGAGUGGCCAUGAAUCGCCACGUAAGGGACCAACAUGCCGAACCAUCCUAUACUAAAGGCACUACUAUUGAAUGUGGCGACCCGGAUUGUGAUGUGGUUUGUGAUCGCAUGUCUACUCUUUGCGAGCAUGUUGCUCAGGAACACGGUCGCGAAGAUCUGGUGAUAGAAGAAUUCAAGUUUCCCAACGUAUCUAGAUUCAAGGAAUGGAAAAACCAAAUUGAAACGGAGACGGUGUCGAAAUUUGUGCUUUCUUCAAGUCGUGCCCGAGCAAGCGGUGUAUUACAGUCUUACUUCCUUUGCCAUCUGAGUGGUUAUGCUAAUAGAUCACGUCAUUCUGCUCCACCCAUCGGGCGGAUGAGGACGACAAAGAAAAUGGGACGCUACUGCACUGCAUUCAUGAAUACAAAGGAGUUCAAGGAUGGGGCGGUCGUGGUACAGUGUUGCCUCGGGCAUUUCGGACAUGGAUUUGAUGUGCGACGCCUACCACUUCCUGACAAAGUGAAGGAUGAUGUUACCGAUUUGUUGAUGAAAGGAGCCUCUACUCAAGAGAUAUAUGAUGCUGUGCGAAGAAGGUAUAGUCAGUCAGAGCGAGGAUAUUAUCUACAACGUUAUGAAAUAAGAAACAUAGCCGAUAAACUUCGCAAACAAGGACUCUUGCCUCCCAAAGAAACCGAAAAGCACAAUAACCAGUUUAAUGAUGGGCACCUCUCACAGAUGGCAAAGACGGAGAAGUCUGGGGCAUCUGUGCAGCGUGUGAGAUUCCAAUCCAUUCGGAGUCUACCCGAUCGUCAACCUGGAAGAAUAUACCAAACAACGUACGGUUCUUCCUAUGCUGGAUCGCAAAGUGUAGUGGAGCAAAAUCAUUACGAUGCCAUAUCCAGAAUGGGACCUAUUCGAGAUGUAUCACCUCCGAUCAUUGGUACAUCAGGUUACGUGGAAUAUCAAGGAUCUGGUUAUGAUGAAGGCGAAAUGAUUGUGGGCGAUGAAGACAAUGAAGGAACAAUUACCUACUUUCUUGAAGAUGAGCAAAAUCCUGGGAGUUUACUGGAAAUGGUGCACUCAGAACGAGUUCAUGCAGACACUGAUCCUCCAUCAACAUCGAAGGUAACACCUUUACUCAUGGAACCUCAACCAACUGGAAAUGUUAGCUUCGAUGAGACAAUGAAUGACAUCAGAAUAAGAAUAACUAUUCUGCAAGAGCAGAAAAGGCAGACGCGUAAUGUAGAGAAGGUAAACAUGCUGGUCUCUCAAAUACGUGAUCUGCAAGGGCAACUUGUCCGUGGCGUUCCACAGACAAAUGGGUUCAUACGAACGACAGAGGCCGAAUUCGAUGGCGAGGAAGACGGUGAAGAUAUAGGAUAUGAGCAUAUCGAGGGUGAUGAUGCGAUCUGUUUUGAGGUUGAGGUGGAAAGCACUGAAAGUCCUGAUAAAUCGCGAGAACCAGUGUCUGCCGAGCAUUAUGAAAAUACCACUUUCGAUACUGAACCUUAUGAGGAAGUUGUUACCGCGGGUUAUGAGUAUUGCUAACAUCAUAAUAAUGAGCUCUUGUUGUCACACCAUUGGGGCUGUGGGACAGAAUCGCUAUUGAAAUUCCAAAGAUUGUAUAUAUUCGCUUGAUAUAAAUAGUUCAAGUUUAAGUGUUGUUCUAUUCGAAAUGGGUCAAGUAGUGCGCUUAACAAAAUUCGGACCGCACUUUCGCGCAGCGGAG